UCGAAGUCGACGUUGUACUGGAUGUACCGACGUAGUCUACAGAUUUCCCACGCCUACCUGUCACGAUGAACUCCCGUGCCACUCUAAAGCCUCGCGGAUGAUAUAUCGGUCGAGAGAGCAUUUUUUUUCGCAAUGAGGAAAACAUUGUCUAUCAAAACGUCACAUGGGGUCAGAAGCGAUCGCUUCCUGCAUCGCGUCUCACCUCCGCUGGUUUAUUUUUGCUUUUGCUGCUUAUGAUUUCAUGAAUUAGUUCUACGCACCAUUCAUGCUAUAACAUUUUACCGCAAUGAUUAGCAAAGUUAAGAAUGCCAUGUCUUCGCUGGUGGGUGGAAUUAUUCCUCACGGUCACCAUCAUCACCACCAGCACGGAUCGGCGAACGCACAGAACUGUGGAACAGAUGCAUUGCCUCCGCGUUUCCCGUAUAGCCGCCCCGAGUUUUUAGAACUGACACCGGAGUCGCUGCAGUCCUCGACCGAACAUGCCACCAGACCGGUGAUCGUAUUGAGGCGGGAUAUCAGGCUUCCGUGGAGAACGGGAUACGCAGAGGUGAUAAAUGCAGGAAAGAGCAUGCUAAAUGAGGACCAGGCCUCAUGUGAUGUACUGUAUGUGAAGAAGCCCAGCGGCAAACAGCAACGUGCCUCUGUGCAGUUAGAGGACAGUGGGGACAAUAAAGGUCUUCCCAUGCUCUUCUGGGGUGUAUUUGAUGGUCAUGCUGGCUCUGGAGCCGCCCUCAUGGCUUCCAGGCUCCUCCCGCGGCUCAUCCGAGACCGGCUGUGUGAAGUGGCCCAUGUUCUGGAAAACCCAAGCAGUCCACCACCCAUCUGUCUAGCCAAGAAUGGGAGCCCUUACCAGCCUGAACAAAAGAAGGGAGCCUGUCUGGAUGCAGAAGACCCAGAGGGCUCUGGAGAUCCCAUAGCUCGGUUCCACAUGGAGAAGGUGGUCAGUCUAGAGGGCCUGGUGAUGGGCAUCAUAGAGAAUGCCUACAAACAGAUGGAUGACCUCAUUGAGAAAGAGAAAGCAUCUUACAGCAUUUCUGGGGGAUGUUGUGCCUUGACUGCAGUGCAUUUGAUGGGGAAACUCUAUGUAGCUAACGCUGGAGACAGCAGAGCCAUAAUCGUCCGCAAUAAUGAAGUCAUUCCCAUGUCCAAUGAGUUCACGCCGGAGAGUGAGCGCCAGAGGCUGCAGUACCUGGGCUUCCUUAAACCAGAACUGCUUGGUAAUGAGUUCACACACAUUGAGUUCCCCCGGCGCAUCCAACACAAGGAGCUGGGCAAGAAGAUGCUCUUUAGAGACCACACUAUGACUGGGUGGGCAUAUAAGACAAUUGUGGAAGAUGACCUCAAGUUCCCCCUCAUUUAUGGAGAAGGGAAAAAGGCCCGAGUCAUGGCCACUAUUGGAGUGACACGUGGUUUAGGUGAUCAUGACCUGAAAGUGUACAACUCCAACAUUCACAUCAAACCUUUCCUAUCCUGCUGCCCAGAGGUGAAAGUAUAUGACAUUUCAGAGCACAAGCAUGGUCCUGAUGAUGUCCUUGUUAUGGGCACUGAUGGAUUGUGGGAUGUGACCUCUGACAAAGAAGUAGCUGAUGUUGUGACUAAUUCUCUGUCCACCCAUGAGCCGAAUGAUCCAACAAGGUAUACUUUGGCUGCUCAGGAUCUCCUCAUGAGGUCACGCGGUGUUCUGAAAGAGCGAGGUUGGCGGCUGCCCAAUGACAGACUUGGAUCAGGUGAUGACAUCACAGUAUUUGUCAUCCCAUUGGCUGGGGCAGAAUUAGAGACAUGACAAGGUGGGUUAGUUCUUCCCUGUGGAACAAAUCAGGAUAUGCCCCUAAUUAUUGCCUGCUGAGGAAGGGGUGCAAAACCAAAAACCCAUUUUCAUUUGAGCUAAAGGAAGCGGCCGAGGAAGGUGUAUGCAUUGCUCUCCCGCUUCCUCAUUUUUAGAGUUGUAAUUCUUCAUCUUGACUCUUACCUCCUUGUGUCAAGCGUGGGAUGACAUCAUCAUAAAGUGCCACUCCUCUCUCUCAAAAUUUCUCAUAGACUUUAUGUGAAAGACUGCUUACUUUCCAGCUGUCCUAUUUCUGACUCCAGAUAAGUAGAACUUCAAAACAAAGCAGCGGUAAUAUACACUCUGGAAGUUCUUCUGAGAGCAGACUGAUGGCAAGAAGAGAGGUUGUGCUAGAUGAAUGUUCUCCAACAUGAGUGUGGUGUUAAAGACUUGAUCUGAAUGUGACAAAGAAAUGAACCAUUGCUGAUAUACAGUGAAAACUUUGAUGAAGAAGAUUGUAAAUGUAAGCACUUUAUCUCUAGCAUCAAUCCAUUAAUCUGUAAUUAAAACUUUCCUAAUUACAUAAUUUCCCUAAUCUCUCUUCAAUGUCUCCAAAAUGUACCUGUUUAAACACAUGUAUUUGUAUCACGUUUGCAUCAGGUGUAAAAAUAUUCACCAUGAAAUAAAGUAGCACAGUUCUCAAGUUAGUCCUGAUAUUAGGGUUGAAUUGUAAGAGACUUCCUUUGAAAGAUAGCAAUAGCAUGGCUAACACUGUGAUUAAGGAAAUCUUGAAGAAAUAUGGAGACUGUCACCAAUGCCUUGAAAGCUGCGGGGAACAAAAUGCAGCCAUGUACCCUCUUUUGCACAUUUGAUUGAAACUGCAUUCCCUACCUCUUCACAAAGCCAUGCUGAAUGUCUACGCAACUAAAACGCUUCUAAGUAGAUAACAGAGCCCAAAUAUAUCGGUUGUGUACAAUGCUUUUCACCUAAAAUUAUGGGCCAGUUUCAGUGAGACAGGGAUAGAGGCCCAAUCCUGAUCUGAAGAUUAGUUUUAAUGAAGAAUGUCUAUCCAGCUGGAUGGUGAUGUUUUAAAGCAGACAUGUUUCAACUCACAAACUACCACCAUGAACAUUACUUUAUUUCAGUAUCCCUGCUUAAAAGAUCUUGAACUGGAUGCACCAUUGUGAAAAUUGUCAUCACAUGGUUUUUGUCUGUAUUGUGUUUCCAUAUAAUUCUGCUAAAACAAUUGCAAAGCUGUAACACCUAGGCAACUAAGAUUAAUUCACAUUAAAUCUCAUUUUUGAAACA